AUGGAUAACGAGCAGGAUCUGUCAUCGGAACAAACCGACAAACUUCUCCAGUUUCAGGAUUUGACUGGGAUUGACCAGAUUCAAAGAUGUCUAGAGAUUCUCCAGGCCCAUGACUGGAACAUCGAGGCAGCAGUGCAAGAUACAUUCAAUGAACAAGAAGGAGCUCCAACUGUUUUCCAUCGACCCUCUCCUCCUGAGGACAGGGCACCAUUAGUCAAUCUUCAACCAGCAAAUCAGAGGGUUAUACUUUUUCCUGGCAGACGACCACAGGGCCUUUUUGCAUGGACAUACUAUCUGCUGACCAUGCCCAUACGAUUUGUAUGGUCAACAGUUUUCAGUAUUAUCAGAGCUUUAUUCAAUUUCUUCCGACCAGACCCCAGACGAUUUGUGACCGACCCUGUGAGGGAUGUGACAAACUUUAUUUCGACAUUCGAGUCCAAGUUUGGCAGGACACACCCUGUGUUCUACCAGGGCACUUACAGCCAGGCACUGAAUGAUGCCAAGAAAGAGCUCCGGUUUCUGCUGGUGUACCUCCACAGCGAUGAACACCAGGACACAGAACAGUUCUGCAGGGACAUUUUAUGCAGUGAACCGUUUGUGAAUUUUAUUAAUGCCAACAUGCUGUUUUGGGCCUGCAACACCAGCAGUCCAGAAGGCUAUCGGGUGUCACAGGCUCUGCGAGAAAAUGCCUACCCAUUCCUGGCUGUGAUUGUGUUACGAGACAACAAGAUGAGUGUGGUUGCCAGGAUAGAAGGCCAUGUGACAGGUACUCAAGAUUUGAUUGAGCGGUUAGAGCAAAUUAUGUCAGAGAAUGAAUCAUCAUUGGCCACAGCUAGAGCUGAAAGAGCUGAGCGCAGCUUUAACCAGUCACUACGGCGACAGCAGGAUGAGGCCUACUUGGAGUCUUUAAAAGCUGACCAGGAGAAA